AUGGAUGCGUUUCAAAGAAACGACAGUAUCAUUCUAAAAGGAACUAAUUUCAAAUUCAAGCCGUUAUUUGGCCACUAUGUUAACCCGAAAUUCAAUAGUCUGGUGUUCAAUCUGAUGGCGGAAUAUGGACAUUCCAUAACAAAGGGGCAGCCAAUAAUGGAGAAAGGCUACUAUCGUCCAGUGCCUCAACCAGGGCGUAGCCUUGUCGUAAAACCAGUACACACCGCAUUACAACCUUUCUACAGGCCUUAUUUUGAUCGUAUGUUACUGAUCAUCGGAAGUGAUAGGAGCAGUACCAUUGUUCUCAGCUCCCCGAUAAAAGGGAAGCCGAAGGGGUUAUGCGACAUCUCAGAGUUCACAGGGGAAUCUGAGGGGUUUAGGCCUAUAUUACGGUCUGUAGAGACAGGUCCCCCGUUCACUCCAUUAAAUUAUGACACAACCGAGGUGGACUUAAAAAAGGGUUGGCAUAAAACUGUGAAUUUAGGUACGUUUAAUAAGGCUAAGUUCUAUGUCGUUCCAAAUCCUUUGGAAUAUUUCCCAAUGCUAUUUGUCAAUUGUUCUCAGAAAAAUAUAAAAAACAUUUAUGCAAACAUUACUAGUCUGCUACUAGCUAAGAAGGAUCCACGGUUUUAUGACCCCUCAUCCUUUCUUAGCGCCAUCCAGAGACCUCUGGUGUUCAGAAUAGUUGGGAGUCAAGUCCUACACCGACAACGUUUACCCGGGAUAGACGUGACAGAAGAAGAAUAUGUCCACCGAAGAAAUGAAUAUUUGUGCAGAAGAAACCGAUACAUGGUGUCAGAUUGUCGAUGCCGUUCUAAUGUAGAGCUUAUCGAGCCAUUUCCUCAGAAUCCACCAGAACAGGAAUGUUCUUGGGCCUGUGCAGAAGCGUACAAUCACAAUGUCCGUAUUCGUAGCCUUGGCACUAACCAUUAUGUGAGUUGUUAUACUUAUAAUGCAUCGUCAGAACCACCGCGCUAUACGCAAAGGAAUAAUGAAUGCGAAUGUUCAACUCGUGGCACGGAGCUGAGGGAGGCCAAAGAGGAGUAUCACAUAUAUAAGUGA